CUUUCCCACAGGCAGAACCACCUGAGGCCCAGCGCUGAGGCAGCGCUCUUCCGAGGGCUUGACAUCAGGGUCUAUGUUUAAGUUUUAGCUCUUGCUUACAAAGACCACGAGAAUUCCUUCUCUGAAGCGCUUGCAGCCCCACAGUGCCCUCACAGCCUGCCUCCUACUGCCCAGCUGCCAGCAAUGCCCUCCAGCGGCCCCGGGGACACCAGCAGCUCCUCUCUGGAGCGGGAGGAUGAUCGAAAGGAAGGAGAGGAACAGGAGGAGAAUCGUGGCAAGGAGGAGCGCCAAGAGCCCACCACCACGGCCCGGAAGGUGGGGAGGCCUGGCCGGAAGCGCAAGCACCCUCCGGUGGAGAGCAGUGACACCCCCAAGGACCCUGCAGUGACCACCAAGUCUCAGCCCAUGGCCCAGGACUCUGGCCCCUCAGAUCUGUUACCCAAUGGAGACUUGGAGAAGCGGAGUGAACCCCAACCUGAGGAGGGGAGCCCAGCUGCAGGGCAGAAGGGUGGGGCCCCAGCUGAAGGAGAGGGAACUGAGACCCCACCGGAAGCUUCCAGAGCUGUGGAGAAUGGUUGCUGCGCAACCAAGGAGGGUCGUGGAGCCUCUGUGGAAGAGGGCAAAGAACAGAAGCAGACCAACAUCGAAUCCAUGAAAAUGGAGGGCUCCCGGGGCCGACUGCGGGGUGGCUUGGGCUGGGAGUCCAGCCUCCGUCAGCGGCCCAUGCCAAGACUGACCUUCCAAGCAGGGGACCCCUACUACAUCAGCAAACGGAAACGGGACGAGUGGCUGGCACGUUGGAAAAGGGAGGCUGAGAAGAAAGCCAAGGUGAUUGCAGUAAUGAAUGCUGUGGAAGAAAACCAGGCCUCUGGAGAGUCCCAGAAGGUGGAGGAGGCCAGCCCUCCUGCUGUGCAGCAGCCCACGGACCCUGCGUCCCCUACUGUGGCCACCACCCCUGAGCCAGUCGGGGCUGAUGCUGGGGACAAGAAUGCCACCAAAGCAGCUGAUGAUGAGCCUGAGUAUGAGGAUGGCCGGGGCUUCGGCAUUGGAGAGCUGGUAUGGGGGAAGCUUCGGGGCUUCUCCUGGUGGCCAGGCCGAAUUGUGUCUUGGUGGAUGACGGGCCGGAGCCGAGCCGCUGAAGGCACUCGCUGGGUCAUGUGGUUCGGAGAUGGCAAGUUCUCAGUGGUGUGCGUGGAGAAGCUCAUGCCCCUGAGCUCCUUCUGCAGUGCGUUCCACCAGGCCACCUACAACAAGCAGCCCAUGUACCGCAAAGCCAUCUAUGAAGUCCUCCAGGUGGCUAGCAGCCGUGCCGGGAAGCUCUUUCCAGCCUGCCAUGACAGUGACGAAAGUGACACUGGCAAGGCCGUGGAGGUGCAGAACAAGCAGAUGAUUGAAUGGGCCCUUGGAGGCUUCCAGCCGUCUGGUCCUAAGGGCCUAGAGCCACCAGAAGAAGAGAAGAACCCAUACAAGGAAGUUUACACGGACAUGUGGGUUGAGCCAGAGGCCGCUGCUUAUGCCCCACCCCCACCAGCCAAGAAACCUAGAAAGAGCACAACAGAGAAGCCCAAGGUCAAGGAGAUCAUUGAUGAGCGCACAAGAGAGCGGCUGGUGUAUGAGGUGCGGCAGAAGUGCCGGAACAUCGAGGACAUCUGCAUCUCGUGUGGAAGCCUCAACGUCACCCUGGAGCACCCUCUCUUCAUUGGUGGAAUGUGCCAGAACUGUAAGAACUGCUUCUUGGAGUGCGCGUACCAGUAUGACGACGACGGCUACCAGUCCUACUGCACCAUCUGCUGCGGGGGCCGGGAAGUGCUCAUGUGCGGGAACAAUAACUGCUGCAGGUGCUUUUGUGUGGAGUGUGUGGACCUCUUGGUGGGGCCAGGGGCUGCCCAAGCAGCCAUCAAGGAAGACCCCUGGAACUGCUACAUGUGUGGGCACAAGGGCACCUACGGGCUGCUGCGGAGACGGGAAGACUGGCCUUCUCGACUCCAGAUGUUCUUUGCCAACAACCACGACCAGGAAUUUGAUCCCCCGAAGGUUUACCCGCCUGUUCCAGCUGAGAAGAGGAAGCCCAUCCGGGUGCUGUCUCUCUUUGAUGGAAUUGCUACAGGGCUCCUGGUGCUGAAGGACCUGGGCAUCCAAGUGGACCGCUACAUCGCCUCUGAGGUGUGUGAGGACUCCAUCACGGUGGGCAUGGUGCGGCACCAGGGAAAGAUCAUGUACGUCGGGGACGUCCGCAGCGUCACACAGAAGCAUAUCCAGGAAUGGGGCCCGUUCGAUCUGGUGAUUGGGGGCAGUCCCUGCAAUGACCUCUCCAUCGUCAAUCCCGCCCGCAAGGGACUUUACGAGGGUACUGGCCGCCUCUUCUUUGAAUUCUACCGCCUCCUGCAUGAUGCGCGGCCCAAGGAAGGAGACGACCGUCCCUUCUUCUGGCUCUUUGAGAAUGUGGUGGCCAUGGGCGUUAGUGACAAGAGGGACAUCUCACGAUUCCUUGAGUCUAACCCUGUGAUGAUUGACGCCAAAGAAGUUUCUGCUGCACACAGGGCCCGUUACUUCUGGGGUAACCUUCCUGGCAUGAACAGGCCAUUGGCAUCCACUGUGAAUGAUAAGCUGGAACUGCAGGAGUGUCUGGAACAUGGCAGAAUAGCCAAGUUCAGCAAAGUGAGGACCAUUACCACCAGGUCAAACUCCAUAAAGCAAGGCAAAGACCAGCAUUUCCCCGUCUUCAUGAAUGAGAAGGAAGACAUCCUCUGGUGCACUGAAAUGGAAAGGGUGUUUGGCUUCCCUGUCCACUACACAGAUGUCUCCAACAUGAGCCGCUUGGCGAGGCAGAGACUGCUGGGCCGGUCGUGGAGCGUGCCAGUCAUCCGCCACCUCUUCGCUCCGCUGAAGGAAUAUUUUGCUUGUGUGUAAGGGACAUGGGGGCAAACUGAAGUAGUGAUGAAAACAAAGUUAAACAAACAAACAAAAAACAAAACACAAUAAAACACCAAGAACGAGAGGAUGGAGAGAAGUAUCAGCACCCAGAAGAGAAAAAGGAAUUGAAAUCAAACCACAGAGGAGGAAGUGCCGGAGGGCUUGGCCUUGCAGAAGGGUUGGACACCAUCUCCUGAGUUUUCAAUGUUAAUCUUCAGUCCUAUUUAAACAGCAAAAUAGGCCCCCUCCCCCUCUUCCCCUCCUGCCCUAGGAGGUGGACUUUUUGUUUUCUACUAUUUGCAGAGGGGUUUUCUGUUUGUUUGGGUUUUUGUUUCUUGCUGUGACUGAAACGAGAGAGUUAAUUGCAGCAAAGUCAGUAACAACAAAAAAGUAAAAGCCUUGGAGAGGAAAAGGAGAGAGGGAAAAUUCUAUAAAAAUUUAUAUAUUGUUUUUUUUUUUGUUUUUUUUUUUUUUUUCUUUUUCUAUAUAUCUCUUUGGUUGUCUCUAGCCUGAUCAGAUAGGAGCACAAACAGGAACAGAAUAGAGACACUCGAGGCAGAGAGCCCUCUCACAGCCCCGAGCAGUCUCAACAGCACCAUUCCUGGUCAUGCAAAACAGAACCCAACUAGAGCAGGGCGCUGAGAACACCACACAAGACCCUUUUCUACAGUAUUUCAGGUGCCUACCACACAGGAAACCUUGAAGAAAACCAGUUUCUAGAAGCCGUUGUUACCUCUUGUUUACAGUUUAUAUAUAUACGAUAGAUAUGAGAUAUAUAUAUAAAAGGUACUGUUAACUACUGUAUAGCCCGACUUCAUAAUGGUGCUUUCAAAACCGUGAGAUGAGUAAAAACAUCAGCUUCCACCUGGCCUUCUGUGCAAAGGGUUUUAGCCCGGGAUGGGGAGAGGGAGGCGGCUUGAGGGCUUGAGGGAGAGGGUAUCAUUUUUUUCCCUCUUGGUUUCUAACAAACCAGAGGAGGAACCCCACCCCACGCCUAGCUUCUUGCCGAUAAGGGGCUCAGCUGAGGCGGUGGGAACCCGGGGAAGCGGAGUGUGGACUUUAUCCAGGCUCGCGUGCAAUAACCUUUAAACAGAACCUAAAAUGACUGCCUCGGUCAGAUGGCGUGAGAAAACCUUGUCCCUGAUUUUGAAUUUGUCAGCCACAUUGAAGGCUCCUCGUGGGAUCAGAAAUAAUCCAGAGUGAGGGAAAGUGACCAGCCGUUAACCCCACCUGGAGCAAAUAAAAAAACAUACAAAAUGUACUGGUGCUUUCUGUCUAAGUUGCCUUUUGUGUGUUCUUUUAUGAGCCCCCCCCUCCCCACCAUCCCCUCUGCACAAGGCAGCUUUGGUCCUGGAAUGUGAUGUUUUUGGUCAUCUCUGAAGACUGCAGUUUCAUACUUGGGAGGCUGAUGACACCUUAUUAUAAUUAUUCUUAUGGUUCUGGCUAUAAUUGUUUGUUUUCAGAUUUUUCUUUUGAGAAAACAAAAACCCAACACCCUUCCCUUUCGGUUUUAAACCAAGGUGCAGGGGGGGUGGCAGGUGCUUCUAAGGACCAGUGGCUCUGGUGCCCUGGCUCCCACCCCUCGGGCCAGGUGGGCCACUGGGCAGUACAGCAACAAGCUAGGCGGCCAGGGAAUUCUGAGGCCCACCCUCCGGGCCAGUCCCUCUUCUCUUCUUCUUCCCCUCCUCAUGAGUCCGGUGUGUCAGGGCUGGAGGGAGGCCGGGGCAGCCUCUCUCCUUGUGUGUGUGGUUGGCGUGGCGCGUGUUUCUUUUCUAGUGUUUGGUCUGAUAGCUGCGCUCUGACCUUGAGUCAGCUUCACCCGGGGCCCCGAGUGCUCGCACUUUGUUCCGCUUCCUUCCCAGAGCAGGCAGCCUGGCGUCGGCGGUGGGAAGGGACAGAGUUGUCGGCCCCGGGGUGAGGGCCCAAUGGGCAGAGCUUGCCUGGAUGGAUGGAGUGUAGAUAUGUGGCAUAUAGAGAUAUAUAUUUUAUAAUGGGAGAGGGGACGCCACCUCCUGGGACCAGCAGAGGCUGGGAGGUGUGCUGUCAAGCACAUGGUCCCAAGACCGCAUCCCUAGAAAGAUGGGGCCUAUGAUAGGCCCUGUAUAAAUACAUAGAUAGGGUCAUGUUUAAGAAAUAUACACAGUGGGGGUUGGAGGGAGCGGGCUCAGUGUUGAGCCUGGGUCCCUCUCGCAGACAGCCCCACAUCAUCAGUCAGUCUAACACAUGCACAGGAACCUAUUUCCGCCUGGGUGCACACCAGGGAGCUCCUGGCACACUUCUGCCCAGGCCCAGGAUCAGGACACUGGAGUGGGCCCAUGCAGCUCUUACUCCUCUGUUGCCCUGAGGACAGGUAGAUUCGAUCUCAGAAGUUGCUAGGUGCUGAAGUCAGGAAAAGGAGGAGGUUUGGUCUAAGCAGGCUCUUCCUCCGGCAGGUCUGUGUUCUGUACCCUUUGCCCCUGGUGAUGUCAAAGAUUCUUCUGUUAGCAGCCUGUGGUCACUGACCUGCAACUCUAGCACCAGUCAAGUCAGCCCUCCACUCCCCCUACCUAUUCUCCCCAACCAAAGUCAAAUUGAAAUCUCUCUUGGCCUCUGGGCUUCCAUUGGGAAAAUAAACGUAUUCAAAAAACUAAAAUGGGACAGCCAACCUCGCUUUCAGAGAAAAGCAGUCUAGUAAUUAGUGAUAAGACUAAACAGAGGCUUUGGCUCACUGCUCAGGGUAAGCUCAGCUGGUGGCUUGUUGGACCUCUUGGGGCUGUGUAGUCCUGCCCACCUCUGCUGGUCUUCUCUGGAUAGGUUUGUAAGAAUUCAGCUGGUUCUCCCUGCCUGGCAGGUAGUGACCGUGGUGGGGCUGGAGCAUCCCGGAGAGGGGGCUGCUUGACCCCUUGGAGUCCCUGUGCUAAAUGUGAUGUCCUCUCUUGCUCCAGCAGGGCUGCAUUCUGACCCGGAGUCCACCAGCACCAUGCAGGAGGACUGGAGGGGAGGAGGGCUGCCUUAGGCAGUCCCAGGUGCUCCCUCCCCCUCUAGCAAUGGCAGGGUCUUCCCAGCUCCUGCUGUCAGGACUGUCUUCAAAGGCCUUCCCCUCCCACUUCUGCCCGCUGCUUAUGUGAAGAAGCUAGCCUUCCCCAGCAGCCCUGCACCGCCUCAGCUGGGCCUGGUGCUCCCCAAUCCCUGCGGUGAGUGUGAGGGCCCAGGAGGAGGAGCCUCACUGUCAGAGCACGUGGCAUUCCCAAAGGACUGAGUGGAGGCUUGCAGGUGGCUGACCAGCUCUGACCUGACAAGUUCCCUAGAGUGGAUUCCUCACGGGGCAUCUACCUGGUGGUCUCCGGCUUUCCUUCUUGCCCAGUCUGUGGGGCUUGGUCUUAGGGUGGCAUGUAGGCCCCCAGUAUCUUUGGGGGGAUCUUCGGGAAUAUGCCUGCUUGGCUCUUACUCCACCUCUACCCCGAGUGGGGCUUCUCGGGUCCCCUCCAAAGAAGAGCUGCUAGGAUGCUAUGGUAGUUGAGGUGGGGCUGGAGGAAGUUGGCGCAGUGUAUCUAGGAGCUCUUUGUAGAUGGAGCUGAGGCUGCAACCAGGGCCUGGGAGGAUCCCCAUCGGGGUUCCCUUUCCAAAGAACAGGCUUGUUUUCCCUGGAAACUAAGGUGCUGGUCACUGAGUGACAGCCUCCCUUCCGCAGGUGCCCUGUGAGGCCUUGAGCCGAAGAUCCGUGGCCCUUGCCAGGGGGAGGUAGCUGGUGCUAGCGCCAGGGUCACGGAACCAAGGCCUCCUGUGGAGGCACACAUGCCCAGCAGGGGUCCCAAGCUGGUGCUAAUUCCUCCCCACAGGACUCAGUAAGCCUGGGAGCCUGCAGUAGGCUGUCCCUCAGCUGUUACACUAUGAGAAAGCAGAAGUCCCCUGAGGAGCCUCCUGGACCAUGGGCUAGGCGUGGCCGCAGGUAGAGAGAUGGAAGGAAUAAAGAUCGCCGUGGCUUUUGGCAAAUGGCUGGAGUGUGGGCACAGGGACUGCAGGUAGUAAGGCAGGCCAACGUCGGAAGCAUCUACCUUCCCCCACGGCGUCUCUGUUCGGGGAACCCGAACAGAGGUUUAGGAGUUGGGGGAGUUAAGCUGAGCCGCUUUGAAGGCGUGUGCUUGCAGGAAAACUACAGAUAGUUGGUUUCCAUAUUCUCUUCUACACAGUGUGUCCAGAGAGUGUAAGUGACUUCCCAGGCCUGUCUCGCUGGGCGGAGCUGUUGCUGGUCUUCAGGCACUGUCACUGUAGGAGCCCUGGCUGGGGGCUGGGACUCUGUGGCCGUCCCAGCUGAGAUUGCAGGCAGGCCCGUGUUUGGAUCUGGGUUUGGCUGGUGCUUGCCUGUUCAAAAGUGCCUGUGAUGUGGUGGUGGCACCGAGUUGUCCAGUUGGCAGGGGACAGCUGAAGCCUGUCAGCCCCCUAUGAUGGCAGAGGUGUUGCUGAGUGACGGGGGUCGGGUGGCUAGAGUGGCUUUUCUGAUCCUUUCCCAUCCAGUCCUCGCCAGCCCAGGGGGCAGCAGUGCUGGGUCGGGGAACCCCUUAGGAAAGGUUGAUGGGGGUCACUGUGAGCUCCUGCAUGUUUGUGUUAGGAGAGCUGAGGUCUUUGGGAAGUAAGACCUUAUACUGGCAGGCCUCCGAGAUGCAGCUAAGGUUGACCUUUGGUUGGAGACAAGUCUCUAGCUCAAGCACUGGACCUUUGAGGCCAAAAAGCGGGCCAAGAGUGAGAAAUACGGAAGGUCCUUUGUUGGCAGGGACUUGGCAGCUUCUUUAGGGGACCCCAGAAACUCCAGUAACUGGCUCCCCUAAUGGGAUGCUCUCCAUUUGUGAGCUCAUAGAACAGACUCCUAAACCCCACCCAGCACCCGAACCUGAGGACAUGAGCAGUGGUCUAAAGUCUCACCUAGUCUCAUUUUACAGACUAAUUUGGUUGUCCGGCCCAAGAAUUCUACAGAAACAACAACAAAAGCUGAAAUUCCUUAGAAUAUGCAGAGGGAGGAGGUGACUCAACAAGGUGCUAAACACAUUUUAUUAAAAAUAUAUAUUGUUAAAUUAAGUCUGCUGUCUGGACAAUGAUGUUUUGUUUUGUUUUCUUGUAGUGGAGUUUAAAAGAGACUAUUAUUUUACUCUGAUAUAUUAUUAUUAAAAAGGCAUUUUAACUUUGUACUUGAAAACUAAGUGAGCGAUUUCACGUGUUUUAGCUGAGGCAUCGAAGUAGCGGGUGCUUACUUGUGGGAAAUCAUGUAUUCAUACUACAAAAUAAACUCCGUAGCUGAUUUGGUAAUAACUUUUACCGUUACAGACGAUUUCGCUUUGACCCCGGUGGCAGAGCUCUUUUACUCCACAUUCCACGCAGCUACAUGCAGGACCUUCCAGAAUCUUCCCUCCCCUUGGCCCUCUCUUUCCUUUCUGUUCCUCUUCCUCUCUCUUUUCCUAUUUUUUUUUUUUAAUUGUUGUUUGUUUUUUCCUGGUCCCAGCAUCCUUCUACCACUGUAUUUUUUGUUAGGGUUGCUUCUCUAUUUAUUGACAGUAAUAAUGUACAUUUCACAGUCUGGCUCUGGGACAGCCAGGAUGGGUGUGGGGGGGCUUCACACAGCCCGCUGCACCGUCCGGCGUCCCGUUGUAUCUCUGUGUACGUGAUGCUUGUGACAUAGCUGUUGAUGAAAUAAUUAAAAAGGUCAAUGCGUACAGCAGAUGUAGAAAGUCUGUCAGUUCCGCUUUCAUCACUUUUUUUUUUUUUUUGUGCCCAGAAGAAUAUAAUAAAGCUCCUUUCUAAUGUACUUGUGCUGGAGAACACUUGAAUAAAUGGACUGUUUUUGUGCAAAAAGAAAAACGGAAAAAAAAAAAAAAAAAAGCACCGUCAUAAUGUCCUUUUGUCCUGCGUCUCCUUUCCCCUAACGUGACAGCUCACAGCACUCCAGUGGGCUAAAGUACUGAAGAGGGGGCAGUGGAUUGUGGGUGUUAACUAGGGGCUGGGACCCAAGUUCAGAGGGAGUUUGGCUCAAGUUCAAAGAUCAGUUAGACUGAGAUGAGUUGUCUAGAAAGGCAGCUUGACUUCCGGAAACAACAACUGUCUUGAGACCGGAGCAGGAAACAGAUCAGCGUCCACGUUAGGUGGCAGUAGAACCAGUGGGGAGGGUGUUACUAAUGCCAGAGUCCAGAAGGGAGAAGUCAGGGAAGGGAGGUAGACAGUUGGGGCUGGGGCUGGGGCUGGGGCUGGGGGAAUCCUGGAAGAGCCUGGGGGUUAGAGGAAAUAUUUGCAAACUCUUGACCCAAGGGCUGGGACAAGUGGCCAACAGGGCUACUGAUGGUCUAAGGACAGGCUGCCUCAGGGCCUUGGGGUCUGCGAGUUACCCACAGUGUCCCCUGUCCUACCUAUCAAGAGGGUCUCUCCUACAUAUCUCCAGGAGGGAGUACCCAGCAGCCUUGAUCGGGGUGUCCACUCCAAGGGGUUGUUCAGGCUGUUUCUUCCACCAGGUUCGGGAGGUUAGGAUAGCAGAGACACUGUGAAGGGACCCUUGAGCAAAUGGGGAGAGCCCCGCUAAACAGGUAUUUUCAUGGGCACUUUUUCUUGCUUAUUUUUUUUUUCUUUGACAAGGUUGUAAAUGUAUAUUUGGCUUUUACUCUACUUUUUUCUUGAUGUUUUUUAAUGUUGAUGUGAAAUCUUACUUUCAAAUGGCUGCAUGGCAUUUUCUUGUUGAAUGUUUGUUUAUAUAUAUUUUAUUUUCGCUAUAAAUAGAGCUUCAAUAAACAUCUUUAUGUUUUGGCUUC